AGUGGAACGUCUAGUUUUGGAUCUAGUGGAGGUACAUCUAGCACAUUUGGCUCUAGUGCUACCAAUCUGUUUGGAUCCAGUGGUGGUACAUCUAGCAACUUCGGUUCUACUAGUAAUGCUUUUGGAUCCAGUGGAGGUUCAUCUAGCACAUUUGGAUCUACUGCUUCCACCAAUAGCUUUGGAUCAAGUAGUGGGUUUGGCAGUUCAGGAUUUGGGUCAUCUGGAGGAUUUGGUGUUGGAGGAGCAACUGCAGGAGGGUUGGGAUCAACAGGUGUAUUUGGUGGUAAGCCAGCAACUCAAAAUGUGUUUGGUUCCAGUACAAUUGGACAAAACUCUGUUAGAGGAUUUGGUUCUACACCAUCAACACCAUCUAUGGCAGAUAAAGCUAAUCCAUUUGCAGCUAAUAAUUCAAACGCAGGAACAUUCGGCAAGGGGCCAAUUCAACCUGCAACAUCUGCAUUUGCAGCCCCAGGACUGUUUGGCAAGGCAGCACCUGGCAAUACACAUUCCCAGGUACCAGGAAACAGUAAUAUUUAUACACCAAUGGACAAACUUACAAAGGAAGAAAGGGAACAGUUUGAGGCCAGUCAUUUUACGUUAGGAAAAAUACCAACACGGCCACCACCUAAGGAACUUGUGUCUUGAUUUUUAUUUACUUUUAAUAGGAUGGGGAGGGAAUUUAAAUAUUUGAUACUAGAAUAAAUUUAUUUUACAAACAAGACAGAUGAA